UUGUAUCGUAGGUGACCAGGUAACCCGGGUGGUGCUCGGUUGCACUUGGUGCGGCCCGUCGCGUAGAAGCCAGAGCGUGUAGGCCAACACCGCCGCGGGUGGGGCAGGAGGGACGGGAGGCUGCGACCAUUAGACGUGGACGUAGCCACGAAUACAACCUACAACGGGCAACUUCCAUCCAUCGCCGCCGUAAAGGGGGGACCCCCUUCGCCCCCGAACCGGGUGGUGGGACUACGGCUCUACGGCCGCUUGCUACGCGGUACGUGGAUUAUAGUUUUUCUGGAGGGAGGGUGGUGGAGCGCCUUGCUUGCUUUCGAAAGGAUGGUGAUUGUGGAGCGUGUCCAGAGUAGAGUUAGGCGUAUAUAAGGCCCGCCGGCCCGGCCCAAGUCAGUCAUUCACCGGACUACCAGCCCAAUACACACACCAAACAUGAAGGCCUUUAUUGUGUUCGCCUGCUUAGCGGUCGCGACGGCCCGCGCCGGAAUUGCCGGUGGCUAUGGUGGCUAUGGACACGGUCUGGCCCUCACCGGACGUGGCUAUGGAUCGGGUCACGGUUUGAGCGGUGGACUCGCCGCUGGUGCUGGAACCGCUGCCUCCCUCCAGGGUGGUGCCUCCAGCUUGGGAUCUGGUGGUCUUGGUGCCAGCUAUGCUGCUGGUGCGGCGGCGGCGGCUGGUUCUGCUGGAGUUCAGCAGAUCGUCUCUGGUGGAGUCAUUGGUGGCAGGUCUGACAUCGGACCCGCUGAGGGACCCAAGGCCAACGUUGGACCCCAGACCGGACCAUCUGAUCUCGUAGGACCCCAGGAGGGAGCCAAGUCCAUUGGUGGACCCCGCACUGGCCCCGCCAGUCUUGUAGGACCCGCUGCCGGCCCAUCCACCCUCGUUGGACCGUCCCAGGGAACCGCUACCCUCGUAGGACCAUCCCAGGCUACCGCUAACCUCGUUGGACCCAGCUACGGAGGUGUUGCCUUCUUCGCCGGAUCUGGUGGCAUCAACGGUGAUGACGGUAGCUCUGGUGUUGCCGCUAACGCCGCGCCUGGUGCUGGACUCGGUGGAUUCGGUCUUGGCGGAGCUGGUAUUGCUGUCAUCGGAGGAGGUGGUGGAAUCGGUGGUGGUGCCCUUGGUGGCGGUGACGCCGGAGUUGCUGUGAUCAACGGACCAUCUGGCGCCAUCCACGCCGGACUCGGCUCUCACGGAGCUGUCAUCCCUGCGAUUGGAAAGUGGUAGACGUUUUAAGACCCCAGCGAUCUC